GAAAAUGCUCUAAACUGUAAAGUUCUCCAAUGAAAACUGUAAAUAUUUGAGUUUCUUAAAGUUUUCAGUUCGAAGUUGGUAGCAGCAGCUUCCUUACUUACUUCAUCAAUAGUUCAACUACACCAACCUAAGAUCAAAUGCCAUCAUCAAAUGGAGUGUUGAAUAAAGCGUUAGGAUCACUCUUUGACUAUUCGUCCAAUUUCAAAUUAUCAAUUGAAUUGAUUCAAAAGUUAGCUCAACAAUUAAAGUUGGAAACUUUUGUUGAUAAUUUAAGGUAUACGGUUGAAACCAACAACAGCAUAGCUAAGGAUGAUAAGACGCAAAGAUUAACGAUUGCUGGGUCAUAUAUACUUAUUGACAUCGAUUUCAUUGACGAUAAUCGAGUGGUGGAUGUUUCUAUAUCGUUUGCUAAUCAAGCAGCUGAAGCCAUUAAGAGUCUUGAACAUAAUCUUCAUGGCAGAAUAAAAUCAAACAAAAUCGAUAAUAAUGGUAUAACGCAAGUGAUUAUUGAAUCUAGUUUGGAUUUAUCGGAAUAUAAUAAAUUAACUAGUAAAGAUGAAAAAUCAAUGUCAGAAAAGAUCUUACUCCAUAACUUAUCAUCCAAGAAAUUGAAUCAAUUUCCCAUCAAUUUGAAUUAUUUAAGUAAUAUUGAUAGACUCACAUCAUCAUCGUUUGAUGCAUUUAAUGUAUUGGAGAAAUUAUCGUCUCUUUUAUAUGUUGUCAGUUCAAUUGAAUCAGAGGGUCAAUUACAAGAUUGGUUGGUUCAAGAAGGAUAUAAAGGUCGAGUAGGACAAGUUAAAGUUAAUGAUCUUGAAACUAAUCAAUUGGGGAUUUUCAUAAACUUUUGGAAAGAUUAUCGAUAUAUCAAUCAUGAAUAUGAAGUAAAUCAUAAUUCUAAAGAGUUACUCUUGGGAAAUAAAUAUAAUUUCUUAAUUCAUAUGAAUGUUUCAAAAGCUUAUCGUCAACAAAUAGAUUAUUUUGAUAAUUUAACCCAUGAAUCCUGGCAAUUGUUUACCGGAGAACAACCCCAACCACAAUCAUACCAAUUCCAAUUCGAACAGGAUAAUUCAUCUCAACCCCCACCAUCUUCAUCGUCAUCCAGUUCAUCAUCAUCAACAGACUCAUCGGAUUGGCGAUUAAGUCUUACUUUAAAUCAUGAAAUCUAUAUCCCUCAAUUUAUACUUGAGUAUUUAGGCUUAUUGCAUCAUACUCAAGGAGAUAGUAUUAAGAAUUCAAGUAUCAUCCUGUUUAAUAAUCAUGAAGAUGUCUUAUACGAUUUAAAAGGUUUAAAAGAUACACAAAUGCCAUUCAAAAUUAUAAAUAAUUUAAUUUCAAAUCAAUUCAUACCACUUAAAUCAAUUUCGGUCAAUAAAUUACUGGAUAUAUCGAUAUUGAUUCCUAUUUUCCGUAAUUUCAUUGUAUUUAUUAACUUAUUGAAUACGAUUGAAAUUCGUAAUAAAGAAUCAUUUAGUCAUGAUAGAUCGAGUAUAGCUAGAUCAAGAAGAAAUUCAAAAGUAGGUAGUAUGUCAGGACUUAAUCCUGAAAAGGAAUUAACUGAAGAAGCUAAGAAGAAAUUAAAAGAAUCAUUGAAAUUACCUCAAGAUGUUACUGAUGAAGAAUUACUUAGUUUGAAUGCUAUGUCUGAAAAUGCCACUUAUUCAACUAUCAAACCAAUAAGUCAUAAAGAAACCAAUUUAGAAGCGUUCUUAAAAGAUCAUUCUAAAAAGGAAGGUGAUAGUGAAUCAGGAUUGGAAAUUUCUAAUCAAGAAAAAGCAGAAUAUAUCUCAUUAACCCUUGAAGAUAUUGAUCUUACAUCCCCAUUUUUCGAUUUAAUACUAUCGUUUGAAGUUAUAAGUAAAUUAGGUGAAGUUUAUGUUAAAUUCAAGAUCUCAAAUGGUGAAAUCAUUGAAUUGAAAGAUGGGAAUGAAAAUAUGGAAGUUGAUAAUAAUGAUAAAUCCACUAGAUUUAUAAAAGGUUUGAAUUUAACGGAAGACGUUACUAAAUCAUUUACAUAUGUUUAUUUAUAGAUGUAAUUAAGUAUGUAUGUAAGAAGCUAU